CUUAGCUCAGGGCUGAUCAACUCUUCGCCCUCUUCACAUUCUUUUUUUUUCUUCUCCUCAUCACUCGACUCUGUUUGAAUCAUGACCCGCGGAAACCAGCGCGAAAUGGACCGUGCUAAGGCACAGAAGAAGUUGGCGCAGCUGAACAAGAGCAAGAAGACUGAAGGCAUCUCUCACAACAAGCGUGCGGAAAACGAUGCCGAAAUCAUGAGAGCCAAGCAGGCUGCCAAGGAGGCCGCCAAAUCUGUAGGAGGAGCCGGAGGAUCUGUCAGCCCACCUACAAAGAAAUAAUAACCCGCCGCUUCUGUCUUUGUCCCUCCUAUCUGCUUGUUGUGAAGCCCAUCGUAUCAGGACGUCUAGUCCCUUUUCGUCUUGAAGCGCCUUUCUUCAGACAACA